AUGCCCGCUCCCGAAACAUCCCAUGAGACGCGUCCGGUCCUUGGACAUGUCAACCUCAUGGUUGACAGUUUCAUCGCAAACGCCGAGCUCGACGACAUGCGAGCCGUCAUCCGGACACUGCUCGCCACCAGUCCCCCCAGCGUCACUGCAACAUUCACAAAUGCCGCCCGCCGCCGCCUAGAAAAGAUGAACGCAAAAUCCCUCUCCCCCUCCACCCGAUUAUUCGUCAAAUCGCUCGACGGGCUCACCCGCCCGACGCCGGAGCUAUACAGCACGCUCGGGCGCGCGCGCGCCCUGUACGGCGCGGGCAUGGGCUUCGCGAGUCUGUCACUCCUGACGGAGGUGGUGCACGCCACGGUGGGCGCCGUGUGGGACGAGGCGGGCGAGAUGGCGGAUGUGCUGGCCGCGAUCGACGCGGACGUCACGCAGGCGAUCCAGAGCGCGAAGGAGGAGAUGGCCAGUGGGCGGGUGACCGACCCGGGGGCUGCGCGCGCGGUCGUGGGUGCGCUGCAGGAUGCGCUCCAGCGCAGCGAACGGGACACUGAGAUCUGGGGUGGCGACUUUGCGUUCGAACGCGGCGCCGUGAGUGUUCAAUAUUGGAAGUUCUGA